GGACAUUUCAGACCACUCUGGAAUGUUUACUGGAAGGUAAAUUUACAUUUAGCUUCAAAUCCCCCAAUUAUGUCAAACUGAUGGCCCGGGGGCGAGAUCCGGCCCGCCAUGUCAUUUUAUGUGGCCCGCAAGAGUGUGCAUCAACUUUGUUUCUUGCUAAAAUACCAAAAUUGGAAAUCUGCUUCACUUAAUGUUGAUUGCAACCAUUUUUUUUUUGUUACCAACCACCCCCCCCUUAACAUAAAAUUGACUCAUACUGUUGUUGAAUAGUUUUACUGGCUUCUGAUUUCAAAAGUAUUAUCCAUUAAUUUGUGUAUAUGCAAUAAUAUGGCAGCACGGUGGAAGACUGUUUAGAGCGUCUGCCUCACAGUUUGGAGACCGGGGUUCAAUCCCCGGCCCCGCCUGUGUGGAAUUUGCAUGUUCUACCUGUGCCUGCGUGGGUUUUCUCCAGGCACUCCUGUUUCCUCCCACAUCCCAAAAACAUGCAUGGUAGGUUAAUUGAAGUCUCUAAAUUGCCACGUGGGUGUGAAUGUGAGUGCGAAUGGUUUUGUUUGUAUGUGCCCAGCGAUUGUACCCCACCUCCUGCCGGAUGAUAGCUGGGAUUGGCUCCAGCACGCCCGGGACCCUAGUGAGGAGAAGGGGCUCAGAAAAUGGCUGUAAUAACAUGAUGCAGCCAGACCGGCCCUCCGAGUGGAACCAUAACUGCGAUGUGGCCCGCGACAAAGAGUUUGACACCCUUGCCCUAAUUGGAUGAUUUAAUAGAGGUGGCUGGUUCCCAUGAAUAUGUGGCAGGAUUCAACCAACAAUUGAUUACUCAAAUAUUUAACCUGAGGUUUACAUCAAUUUUGCUUGCUUUCUUGGGAUAAUUUUUUUUUUUUAAUUGUGCAAUGUGACUGGUAGGGCUAAUAAAAAAUUUUCGAUUGGUAGCGUUUGGGCAAUGCAGUAAUUAUGGUUUCAAAAUAUGCACAUGCCUAAAAUGUCCACAGGGGGACGCCAAGAAACAAAUUAACCCUUAAUCCCCUUAACUCGUGAAGUACAAUCACAAAAUCUAAAUUUCGUUGUGUUCAAUAACCUGCAAUCUUAACUUGAAAAUGGCAUGAGAUGGGUUGGACGUUUUCUCAAUUAUAUUGAGUUACCAGGAGAGAUAACCACAACAAUAGUAUGCAGAAAUAGGCAAUCAAGAAUCAAAAUUCGAAUCGAUCGGAACAUUGCAUGUCAUUUUGGCAGUUUGCAUCUUGACUUACUGUAAUGUUAUACUAUACUGUAACAAAUAUUGACGAUUUCAUUAGCCCCACCCCCCUAAUUGUCUAUUUCAGGUGGAAAUAAAAUGAAUAAUGAAUGUCAUUCAGACGCCUUUGUGCGUCUUUUGCUAUUUGCUGCAUUUGGGUUAUCUUUAAAAGACGCAAAACAAAACACGCUGGGCCAAGCCGUGACGAGGCCAAUGACGUCACUUCCGGGAUGCUGGGCCGAGUCAAAGACAGCUGGAAUGUCGUCAUCAAGGGACGCUGAAAGUGCUUGUUGUUAAAGUAGCAGAAAAAGACUGAGCAGUGAAAGAGGUCAAAUCGAAGGGAACAUUUCUUCAGGGGAGACUGUUCAGAAGACAAUGGAGCCACCAGUGUGCAAGGAUGGCCGAACAUUUGUGGAGGUGAUCAAUGAAAAGUACAGUCCGGAGAACUUUCCGUGCCGUCGAGGGCUUGGCAUGGGGGUAGUGGUGGUGCCCACUGCAUCUCCCCAAGGUUCCCCCAUGAAAGACCGUCUGAACUUGCCCAGUGUGCUGGUGUUGAAUGGAUGUGGAAUCAGCAGGGCAGGAGACCAGAGUGAAAUUGCUGCCUUCUGUGCCCAUGUCAUGGAGCUGGACCUGUCCCAUAACAAGCUGCAGGACUGGCAUGAGAUCAGUAAAAUUGUGUCAAACAUCCCCAAUCUGGAUUUCCUUAAUCUGAGCUCCAACCCGCUAGCAGGGAUGACCCUUGAGCCACAGUGUGCUGAAGCCUUUUCUCGGGUCCGACGGCUCGUCCUUAACAACACCCAAGUGUCCUGGGACACUGUGAUGCUGCUCACCCGUGAGAUACCCGAGCUCGAAGAGUUGUUCCUGUGCCUUAAUGAGUACAGUUGCGUGCGAGCCACCAGCGUGGCCUGCCCCAGCCUCCGCCUGCUUCACAUCACAGAUAACAGCCUACACGACUGGGCCGAAGUCCGCAAGUUUGGAUCCAUGUUUCCUAGCCUGGACACUUUGGUCAUGGCUAACAACAACUUAGCGUCAAUACAGGACAACAAGGAUAUCCUACAACGGCUCUUCCCCAAUCUUCGCAGCAUCAACCUCCACAACUCAGGUCUUAAUCAAUGGGAAGACAUUGAGAAGCUGAACUUCUUUCCCAAGCUGGAGGAAGUGCGAUUACAAGGCAUCCCCUUACUGGAGACGUACACCAAUGUGGAGCGGCGCAGCUUGAUGAUAGCACAACUUCCCUCCAUAUCCCUGCUGAAUGGCAGUGUUGUAUCUGAAAGUGAGAGAGAAGAUGCCGAGAGGUUUUUUAUCCGUUACUACUUGCACUGUCCUGAGGAAGAGCUGCCUCACACAUACCAUUGUCUGGUAAACAAGUAUGGGAAGUUGGAACCUCUGGCCGAGAUCGACCUCCGACCACGUUGCCAUGCUCAAGUUGAAGUUCACUGUGAAGAAAAAGUGGAACAGCUCAACAUCCGUUUAGACCAGACAGUGGCCGAGCUGAAGAAGCAGCUGACGUCAGUGGUGCAGCUGUCUACCAACAGGAUGAGGCUGUAUUAUAUCGACAAAAACAGCGCUUUUGGCCCGGACGAACUCAAGUACAACACGCGAGCACUUCACUCCUACAAUAUCCAAGAUGGUGAUGAGAUUCUUGUUGUGCCCAAGACGAAGUGAACCGCUGGCUGCUGGCUGGUCAUUUUCUUUACCGAAUGAUUAAUUGGCUUAGUUGUGGAUUGGUUAGCUGACUUUGGAAAACGAUUAUAAAAUGUAUAUCUCAUAGCUCUAGAGCCUGUGUGAUAAAAUGAAGAGUCAAACGAAGAUGAGCUUCAUCCCGAUGUCUCAACACUGGACCGCAGUGUGCUGCUGGGUUGCCACUGGUCUUUUACUGUAAUUAGCUUUAGUUUAUGGCAUCCACUGAGAUGCAGCAAGUGGAGGACGGAUCAAGAGGGAAAACAGGCAGGCAGUUCAAAGCUUCCGAUGGGAUGGUACUGCUGCACCUUUAUCUCUGCAUGAAUGCACCAUAACUGCAUCGACAAGUGAGCAACAACACUUGGCCAAUUGUAGCGAAAGCUACAUCGGACCAUCAAGAGGCAGUGCUGCUAAGUGGAACCAGUAAGCGUUGAGAACGGCAUCAUUUGUAAUCUUCAUUUCAUAGACAUCUUCUAGAUUCAUUUUGUUCUUCAGUCGUGUUUAUUUAAAGCAGAUGGCACAAACCCAUGUUAUAUCAUACUCCAAAACUACUUGACCUUUUUAGAGCCAUAAUUGUGUUAAGAAUGAGGGGGAAAAAUAUAUAAGAAUUUAAAUGGAUGGAUCCCGUUUGUAGAUAGUACAUUUCCUUUACAGUGCCUUGAAAAAGUAUUCAUACCCCUUGAGCUUUUUCACGUUCUGACCUUACCAUCAUAAACUUGAAUGCAUCUUGUUGAGAUUUUAUGUGAUAGACCAACAUAAAGUAGCACAUAAUUGUGAGGUGCAAUGAAAAUGCUAUACGAUUUUCAAAAUGUUAAGCACGUAAACACCUGAAAAGAGUGGUGUGCUUUUGUAUUCAGCUCCCUGUACAUUGAUAACCCUAAAUACAAACCAGUACAAUCUAUUGCCUUCAGAAGUCACCUAAUUAGUAAAUAGAGUCCACCCAUGUGUAAUUUACUCUCAGUAUAAAUACACAUGUUCUGUGAAGGCCUCAGUGGUUUGUUACAGAACAUUAGUGAGCAACAGCAUCAUGAAGAUCCAGGAACCCCCCAGACAGGUCAGGGAUAAAGUUAUGGUGACGUUAAAAGCAGGGUUAAGUAUAUUAAAAAAUAUAUAUAUCAGAAGCUUUGAACAUCUCAGUCCAUCAUCCAAAAAUUGAAAAAGUAGGGCACAACUGCAAACCUACCAUGACAUGGGCGUCCACUUUAACUGACAGAGUGAGUGAGGAGAGCACUGCUCAGAGAAGCAGCCAAGAGACCCAUGGUCACUCUGGAGGAGCUGCAGAAAUCCACAGCUCAGGUGGGAGAAUAUGUCCACAGGACAACUAUAAGUCAUACAGUCCACAAACCUGGCCUUUAUGGAAGAGUGGUAAGAAAAGAGCCAUUCUUAAAAGAGCGCCAUAAGAAGUCGUGUUUGCAGUUUGCCACAAGCCAUUUUGGGGACACCGCAAACGUGGCAGAAGGUGCUCUUGUCAGAUGAGACAAAAGUUAAAUUUUUUUUACCUAAAUGCAAACUGCUAAGUGUGGCGGAUAAGUAACACUGCUCACACAAUCACCACUGUGAAAGAUUGUGGUGACAACAUAAUGCUGUGGGGAUGCUUUUCUUCAGCAGGGACUGGUAACCUGGUCAGUCAAUGGGAAGAUGGAUGGAGCUAAAUAUAGUUUGACAAUCCAGUAAGAAAACCUGUUUGAGGCUGCAAAAGACUUUAGACUGGGAAGGAGAUUGACCUUCCAGCAAGACAAUGCCCCUAAUAAAGCCAUAGAUACAAUAGAAUGGUUUUGAUCAAAGAAUAUUCAUCUCUUAGAAUGGCCCAGUCAUAGUCCAGACCUAAAUCACAUUGAACGUCUGUGGCAAGACUUGAAAAUUGCUGUUCACAGAUGCUCUACAGCCAGUGUGGCUGAGCAUGAGUUAUUUUUCAAAGACCGGGCAAGAAUUUCAUUGUCUAGCUUUGCAAAACUAGGAGAGAAGUACCCCAAGACCCUUGCAGCUUAAUCGCAGCGAAAGGUGGCUCUACAAAAUAUUGACGCAGGGGGGUUGAAUACAAACGCACCACAUUUUUUCACCUUUUUAUUUGAUUAAAAUGUUAAACUCUAGCAUUUCCAUUCCACUUUACAAUUGUGUUCUACUUUGUUGGUCAAUCACAUAAAAUCUAAAUUUUAAAAAAUUACAUUUGUGGUUGUAAGCUGGCAAAAUGUGAAAUAGUUCAAUAGGUACGAAUACUUUCUCAAGUCACUGUAGUCUAUGAAUUAUCCACAGUGAUCUUUGAUAAGCUAAAAAAAAAAAAAAAAAAAAUGUUUUCACAUCUUUGUUUUUGAAAAAGCAAUCAAUAUGCAAAUAUUAAAAAUUAAAUGUUUAAGCAUUUAGCAACAUGACACUAACUGUUAUUUUGUUUGUCCACUAAAGGCUUCAUAAAUCACUGAGUGUAUCUUUUACAUGAUUCCUGUAAAGUUUCAUAUACAACCCCAAUUCCAAUGAAGUUGGGACGUUGUGUUAAACAUAAAUAAAAACAGAACACAAUGAUUUGCAAAUCAUGUUCAACCUAUAUUUAAUUGAAUACACUACAAAGACAAGAUAUUUAAUGUUCAAACUGAUAAACCUAUAUUAUUUUAGCAAAUAAUCAUUAACUUAGAAUUUUAUAUACAACCCCAAUUCCAAUGAAGUUGGGACGUUGUGUUAAACAUACAUAAAAAUAGAAUACAAUGAUUUUCAAAUCAUGGUCAACCUAUAUUUAAUUGAAUACACUGCAAAGACAAGAUAUUUAAUGUUCAAACUGAUAAAUUGUUUUUAGCAAAUAAUCAUUAACUUUGAAUUUUAUGGCUGCAACACAUUCCAAAAAAGUUGGGACAGGUGGCAAGAAAGACUGAGAAAGUUGAGGAAUGCUCAUCAAACACCUGUUUGGAACAUCCCACAGGUGAACAGGCUAAUUGGGAACAGGUGGGUGCCAUGAUUGGGUAUAAAAGGAGCUUCAGUCAUUGCCAAGCAAAGAUGGGGUGAGGUUCACCUCUUUAUGGACAAGUGCAUGAGAAAAUAAUCGAACAGUUUAAGGACAAUGUUCCUCAACGUACAAUUGCAAGGAAUUUAGGGAUUUCAUCAUCUACGGUCCAUAAUAUCAUCAAAAGGUUCAGAGAAUCUGGAGAAAUCACUGCAUGUAAGCGGCAAGGCCGAAAACCAACAUUGAAUGCCCGUGACUUGGGAUCCCUCAGGUGGCACUGCAUCAAAAAUUGACAUCAAUGUGUAAAGGAUAUCACCACAUAGGCUCAGGAACACUUCAGAAAACCAAUGGUAGUAAAUACAGUUCGGCGCUACAUCCGUAAGUGCAACUUGAAACUCUACUAUGCAAAGCAAAAGCCAUUUAUCAACAACACACAGGAACGCCGCCGGCUUCUCUGGGUCCGAGCUCAUCUGAGAUGGACUGAUGAAAAGUGUUCUGU